GAACAUUGAAAUUCUCCAUAAAGUGAUUAUCCAGUUGGACACUCCGAGUUCGUGCCUUGUUGUGGGGGUUGAGAAAAGCCGGCAUUGUAUGAAUGGUUAUUUCGUUUGUUUUCCGUUUAUUUUUAUUUUUCUGGUUUUUGAAAAGGAGACUGCUUCUAACGAUGGCCAAAUAUUCCAAAGAACCAAAAAACUUAAGCCCGAGAACUGAUGAUCAACCAAAAAAGCGAAUGGAAGGACGUUCGGUAGGCGAGUUUGAUGUGAAUGGGAUGGGGAAAGGUGAUCAAUCCAAACAGAUCAUCCACCGGGGUAGAGAUAAAUAGUCGAGGCUGGACCUUUGCCGACUUCCAUAGUAUCGGCUACUCUUGCAAUUUUACUCUCCUCCAUGAAACGGGUGGCUGCAUUGUUAAGAUGGAGAAGGCGCUUACCCAUAGUGAAUAUGUCAAUAGAUAUCGGAACUUAAGAGAUAUGGUGAAUGGAAAGCGCAAGUUCAAGUCUAAAAUGAUGACUUCGAGUCGCGUGUCGAUUCACGUCUUGCGACGUUUCAAACAGUUUGUCGAUGAAGCGAGCGAAAGAAGUAAACGUGUUUGGAAGGUUGGGAAGGGAAAAGAACCGACACU